AUGGAUUUGAUUAAUGAGGAAUACACAGAAAGGAAACAAGAUUCUGAGAAUUACAGAAUGAAAGAAAUGUUCAAUACACAGAAAGGAAACCAAACGAUCAUCUCGGAAUUCAUCCUUAUGGGUUUUGCAACUUUCCCUGAGUUACAGCCUCUUCUUUCUCUGUUCUUCCUAAUGAUAUAUCUUGCAACAAUAACUGGGAACCUCCUCAUUAUACUGUUAGUGGUAUCUGACCACCAUCUUCACAAACCCAUGUAUUUUUUCCUGGGGAAUUUGUCCUGCCUGGAAACUUGCUAUAGUUCAAUUAUCUUGCCAAAAAUGUUGGCCAACUUAUUUGAUGGUCGGAAGUCUAUUUCUUUUAUUGGAUGCAUGAUCCAAUUUUAUCUGUUUGGUUCUUGUGUUUGUAUAGAGACUUACCUCCUGGCAGCCAUGUCCUAUGACCGAUAUCUAGCAAUCUGUAGACCUUUACACUAUGCUUCCAUCAUGCAUGGGAAAAUUGGUGUCCAGAUCAUGAUUGGAGUGUGGAUUGGUUCUUUCCUAGCUAAUUGCCUAACAGUGUCUCUGAUGGGUCAGUUAUCAUUCUGUGGCCCCAAUGUCAUAAAUCAUUACUUUUGUGAUUUGAUUCCACUUGAAAAACUCUCAUGUAGUGACACAAGCCUGAUUGAACUUGUUACCUUUCCCAUGAGUUUCAUUUUCACUGUCAUCCCAUUUCUGCUAACUCUUACAUCUUAUAUUUGCAUUAUUGCCACAAUUCUAAAGAUUUCUUCUGCUACGGGAAAGCAGAAGGCCUUUUCAACCUGUUCUUCUCAUCUCAUGGUGGUUUGUCUUUUUUAUGGUACACUAAUAGUUGUCUACUUGUUGCCAGAUACACCCACUCUAAGAUACCUCAAUAAAGUAUUUUCUGUUUUCUACACUGUCUUGACUCCUCUAAUCAACCCUUUGAUCUAUAGUGUAAGAAAUCAAGAAGUCCGCAAAGCCCUAAGGCGAGUUGGAUACAAAAUAAUACAUGUUGCAAGGAUGUAA